GCUGCCAGUUGAGGCCGUGUGUUGUGUUGGCAGAUAUUUGCUGCACACACUGUGUUAUCUGCACGAAAGUCACCGGUGACGCCGUCGGCUCUGUAAUUCGAGAAAAUGUCAUUCGUGGGAAAAGUUGUUUUGGUAACAGGAGCGAGCUCCGGAAUCGGUGCCGCCACCGCCAUACAUUUGUCUCAUCUUGGAGCUUCUGUGGCCAUUCACGGACGCAAUGUUGCUAAUUUGCAAGAAGUUGCCAAACAAUGCAAGGUUCCGUCGCCUCUCAUUGUCACCGGAGAGAUGACUAACGAAGGAGACGUCAAGAAAAUUCUGGAUAUGACUUUGCAAAAGUAUGGAAAGCUGGAUGUAUUGGUCAACAAUGCUGGUACUCUGGAAAAUGGAAGCAUUGAAAACACGAGCUUGGAGCAGUAUGACAGAGUUUUUAACAUCAAUGUCAGAUCUAUCUAUCAUAUGACUAUGUUGGCUGUGCCGCAUAUCAUUGCAACAAAGGGUAACAUUGUUAAUGUCUCCAGUGUUACUGGAACUAGAGCAUUUCCUGGUGUUUUGUCUUAUUGCAUGAGUAAAGCAGCUAUAGAUCAAUUUACUCGUUGCGUUGCCUUAGAACUUGCUCCCAAACAAGUUCGAGUAAAUGCAGUUAAUCCAGGUGUGGUUGUCACAAAUCUGCACAGAAGUAGUGGUAUGAGCGAAGAAAGAUUGAAAGAGUUCUUUGAACACAGCAAAUCAACUCAUGCUUUGGGAAGACCUGGAACUGCCGAAGAAGUAGCCAAAACAAUUGCAUUCCUUGCUAGCGAUGAUGCUAGUUUUAUUACUGGUCAAACUGUACCAGUUGAUGGAGGUCGCAGUGUCAUGUGUCCACGAUAAAAUUUUAUAAUACAAUUUUACAUUCAAACUUGAAAUAUUUUUUUAUUAAAAAUGUAAAUGAUGUAUUUUU